CCGUGUAUGAACAUUAUACGUGUUAUUAAAUUCGUAUUGGUCUUUUAUUGCCAACAUGCUUGAUUUUAAUUCUUUGUGUGCUAUUGUUAUAGCUAUUCUGGGACUUAUAUUAUCCUAUUGUUACAUACAACAGAAAUGGAUUUUCUCAGACCGGAAGUAUCCAGACGGACCCUGGGGAUUCCCAGUGGUCGGGCACCUACCGUUGCUUGGAAAAUUCCCUCCUAAGCAGCUCAUGGCGUGGCGUAAAAUAUACGGCGACGUUUACAGGAUACGUUUGGGAAGCUGGCCUGCAAUCGUUGUUAAUGGCUACGCUGCCGUGAAAGAAGCGACGCUAACGGCUGGGGAUGCGUUUUCAGGCCGCCCCGAUUUUGUGUCCGCACAGGUGCUCCGUAGUCGGACUGGAGACGAGGAUUUCGCGUUUGGAACUUUCUCUCCUGCCUAUGUUAAGCAACGGAAACUAUUAGCGCAAGCCUUGAGAAUGUUUACAUAUACAAGACAAUCGUUCGUAGAAGAAAUCGUUGAUACUGCGGCCAAGAACUUAGGGAAGACUCUUGUCGCAAAGUUUUCAAAAUUAGCUGGUUCCCUCGCAGAUGAUGUACAAUUUGCUGUGGCAAGUAUUAUGUAUCAGAUACUGUAUGGGAAGUCGAAACAAGUAGAUAAAGACAAACACGUCAGGGUGAUUGCAAACGGGUUAGAGGAGAUUAAUCGUUUUACCGGAAGCGGAAGCCCAAUUGACGUCAUGCCCUGGCUGAGAUAUGUUAUGCCAGGUAAACUUGAAACGCUGCGGAACCUUCAAUGCGAAUCAGACAAAAUUAUGUUAACAGAAGUAGAAGAACACUACAAAACCUUUGAUAAGGACAAUUUACGCGAUAUAACCGAUGCUUUUCUCAAUGCCGCCGAGCAACUGAAACAAGACGAUGAAGGCGGGUAUGAGCUGACAAAAAUGCGGAUGAUCAUGUCCUUGUUUGACCUUCAGAGUGCCGGAAUUGACACCACACAAAAGAUGACACUCUGGCUUGUGUUGUACAUGGCGGCAUACCCGGCCGUCCAGGGCCGUGUCCAAGAGGAAAUCGAUAGCGUCGUAGGGCAAGAACGGCCGCCUGCGCUCGCAGAUAAGCCCCGCCUUGUAUACACGGAAGCAGUCAUUCAAGAAGUCAUGCGCAUUGUUACGAUUCUUCCGGUUUCCUUGCCGCACUACGCGAUAGAAGACUCAAAGAUUUGUGGCUACCAUGUUGACAAAGACACCGUCGUCAUCCUUAAUAUGUUCUCCGUUUCCCACGAAGCAAAGGUCUGGGACGAUCCUGACAACUUCCGACCCGAGCGGUUUUUGACUGAGAGUGGGGAAAUCAACACCUCAUUGCUCGGUCACUCACUUCCGUUUGGCCUCGGGCGGAGGCGAUGUGUUGGUGAACAGUUAGCCAAAAUCAACCUCUUCAUUUUGUUUUCAUCUCUCAUGCAGCAGUGUCACUUUACACUGUCUGGUAGCGCGGACCUAACCCCGAUACCGGGACUAGUUUAUACCCCGGAGAAUUGCAAUAUCAUGGUGCAGAAUAGGAAUUAAAUUCAAUCACGAUUGACUGAAUUCGCAAUACAGUCGAUAAACGUUGGUUCGAUAUUGGUUUGUUCGAUGUCCUCGCUAGCUCGAACUAGAUGUCAAAGACAGAUUUCGUUUUACAAUUUUAAAGUGUUCCCGCUUGGGUCGAUAUUCGCGACGCUCGAAGUAUUUUUGUCCGAUCCUCGGGAUAUCGAGUCAACGGGUACCGACUGUACAGUACCACACUGGUGCUGAUAUAUUUUGUAAGCCGACAAACAUGCAUAUAUACUUAAAUUGUUAAUUUUCAUGUGUAUAUAAACGGAGUUUCUCACAUCCACGAAUUAUAUCGAAUGUAUAUAUUAGUAUAUCGUUGAACAAAGUGGUAAAUAAAUAUGUUGCUUUAUUCAUGUAUGAGAUAUUAUGUUGUUAAUAUUUAUACAAAAUAGUGUUUCAUUGAAAAUGUAAUGGUCUUAAAAUGUCUAGGAUGGGUUUUAUUAAUUUUAUGUAGUUAAACGGAUGACAAUAUUUGCAAGUUAAUUAAGUCAUCAUCCAUCAUGCAGGUGUGUACAGUGCCGAGAUUAUUUCUAUGUUUAAUUUACAUUGAUAAAUCAUUCUGUUAUUUUUGCAUGUAUUGCAUAUUUGAAUAAUACGAUAAUGACGGUACAAUAAUGAAAUGAUAUAUUAAAGGGUGAUAAUAAAGAAUACUA